AUGGUUGACGAUGACUGGCCGGAGUGGCUUCCAUCGGACUGGACGAUACAAAUCAGAAAGAUCGAUGGACGGAAGGUCAAGUGUUACAUUGAUCCUGAAGGACACAAGUUCUAUUCGAAGCCACAAGUGGAACAGCAUCUUAACGCCAUCAGAAACAGCAUAGUAGUGACUGAAACUGAAGGGCUUUUAGCUUCUAAGCCUAAAUGUGGAAGAAGAAGAAAAAGCGAAGAUUCUAAUUGGCUACCUGAUGGAUGGAAUGUGGAAGUGAAGUAUAGAAGUUGUGGAAAAGAAUAUAAGGUUUUCAUGGAUCCCAUCAAUGGACAUAAAUUCUUCAUAAAGCAACAGAUUCUGAAAUAUCUUGCUAAUAAGGCCAAUAGAAACAGCAGUCCAGCUGAACAGAAAUAUCAGCCACUAGGAGAUAAAACCCAUAUUAAACUUGAGGAGUCCCAGAUUACUGAACCCACUGAAGCCAAUAAGACGAAUGAAACCAAAGCGAGUUCAGCACUUACAGAAAGCACCCGCAAGUCCCCUGACUAUGAAGUUAUCUCAACAACUCCUGCAGAUGGGUUGCCUCCAGGAUGGAUAAAAGAAAUCAGAGUCACACAACAUGGAUCUGAGAAGGAAAAAAAUCCGUUCUACACAGACCCUUUGAGUGGCUACAUAUUUUUCUCAAAAUUGGAUGCUUUAUGCUAUUUGGAUACCGGAGGAGACAUAAAGAUAUGUGCCAUGAGACCAUUGAGAAGGGAUAUGAGUCGAGAAAUCAAUUUUGAGAAAGAAAAGUUUCGGUCAAGGUUACAAGAACGUGAGAAAGAACGGGAUUUGAAAAUAUUAACCACCAACACUGAGCAUUUAACGGAAGGGGCUCGUGACACGAUUCUGGCGAUGCAAGUGGAGAUAGAGAAAAAGUAUCGUGAUGGUGGGAUAUCUGAAUUCGUUCACUUCGAUUUCUCAAGUGACAAAACAGAAGAUCUUCCUUGGGUAAUGUGGAAUUGCAGAAAUCUACUUUUCGCAUACAAGGGGUAA